AUGGAGGACGAGCUUCAACAGAGCGUGCUGCUCUCCGAGGAUGCAGACCCAGAGGCCAACAGCAGUGACGAACCCACAACCAUUCAUGCGAAACCAAGAGCACUGAGUAGUGCAGCUUCUGAUUCUAGAGAAGAUGGACUCGACGAUGAGUCUGCCAUGGAAGACAUUGAGAUGACGAGCGACCGAGAUGCAUCUGGGGACGAGGUAAAUGCCGAGGAAGUUGACGAAGAGGGGUACUAUCAAGGGGAGGAGGAGGAGGAGGAAGAAGAAGAUGCAGAAGGCGAAGAAGAUUACGAAAUUAUGUCAGGAUUGCCACAGAACCACAACAACCACCUCAGCGAUGAUGAGGCGGAGACUGGAGAUGAAGACGCAGAGGGCGAGGAGGACGAUGUGGCUUCCACCACCGUGAGGCUACGCCCCGAAGACGCUGAAGAACGCGAUGAAGAGAGCGAAGUAUCGACGAUUGCAAGCGCCGGUGACGAAGACGAAUCUGACGAAGAGGAGAAUUGGGAGGACGCUCGAGACACGGCUGAAGACGAGGAUGAGGAAGAGUCAGAGGUUGGACCUUCAAAUAUCUGUAUGUUCUGUAAACAGGACGAAGAGCAUGACCCAAGCGAGGACUUCGAGGCGUUUCUUACCUGCAAAAAAUGCGGCGAAAGUUCACAUCAGCAAUGCGCCCGCGAGUCUGCUGCUAUGAACGUAUCUAACCAUCCCAAGAACUGGAGAUGCCCUGAUUGCUACGAUGAGGAAUCGGAGGCUGAAGACGAUGAGGAAAGCGAUGGGAACGAAGAACAAGACGUUGAUCGCUUAGACUCACAACAGCCUUCCCAAGACGUAUUCGACGGACCCGUAGAAAGCGAUGGUGUCGAUUCUCCAGAGGGACCCAAUGGAGACACUGUGAACGGUUCAGCUGAUGGACCCCGUCUUCUUCGAAAAAGAAAGUCACCGUCUACGGAGCCCGAGGAGACCUCGGUGUCUUUGAGAAAGAGAAGAAGAAGCUCACACCUCCUCGCCGGGCUCGAAGAGCCGAUGGACACUGCUAGCCUGAGUGAAACCACUGCGUCACGAUCUCGAACACUUCGGUUGAAAGUGUCACGUCCGCCACCCGUCUCAGUUGAAAGGCAGACACGCGGCUCGCUCGUGUUAAAAAUUCAGGUGCGGCCUGGAAAUCUUAAAGAGAUAUUAUCAAGGAGAAAGCGGGAUGGAAGAAGGGCUGGUGGUAGCACAAACACACCAAGACCCCCCAGAACGCCGGCCCCUCCAGUCGCUACACCUCAAGUACGCGCAGCACCCGUUAUUGCCGCUGCCAUCGAAACACCUUUUACUGCCGACUCAUAUUCACAACCGUUCUAUUCAUUCUUCGAUCGCGACACGGAUGAUGUGAAGGGAAAGCCUUAUGGCGGUAUCCUCAGCGAAGCUGAAGCUGAUACAUCAAAGACCCUGCCUAUGGCGGAUGACCGGCGACGAUUUGACCAAGCCAAGCAGAAGGCUGAGGAUGAAUGGAGAGCCAGGGUUCUGGCAAUCCAAGCUGAGACCGACAUUCCGAACCGGAAGCCCAAGAAAGCAAAUGAGAAUGCGAGCCAAAUCGAGUGCAUUGAGUUUGGCGGGUGGGAAAUUGACACAUGGUACGCUGCGCCAUAUCCCGCAGAGUAUAGUCGAAAUCGCGUUCUCUAUAUUUGCGAGUUCUGUCUCAAGUACAUGAAUUCGGACUAUGUGGCCUGGCGACACAAACUGAAGUGUUCCACAAAGCAUCCACCGGGCGACGAGAUCUAUCGUGACGAAACGAUAGCCAUGUUUGAAGUCGAUGGCCGCAAAAAUCCCGUUUACUGCCAAAAUCUUUGUUUGCUGGCAAAGCUUUUCCUAGGCUCGAAAACUCUUUACUAUGACGUUGAGCCAUUCUUGUUCUACGUCUUGUGCGAAUACGACGACUGCGGCUAUCAUUUCGUUGGCUACUUCUCAAAGGAGAAGAGACCUAGUAGCCAAAACAACGUCUCGUGUAUUCUUACUCUCCCAAUCCAUCAAAGAAAAGGAUAUGGCAAUCUCCUCAUUGACUUUUCCUAUCUGCUCACAAGAGUUGAGCAGAAAACAGGAUCGCCCGAGAAGCCGCUGUCUGAUAUGGGCUUGGUUUCUUAUCGCAACUAUUGGAGGCUAGUUCUCUGCCAAUACUUCCUGAAUAUUAUGGAUAGCGAUGACUACAAGAAAAAUGGUCUCAGCAUCAAGAAAAUGUCUGACGACACAGGCAUGACAGCGGAUGAUGUUAUUUCUGCUCUCGAGGGGCUGCGGGCUCUAGUACGCGAUCCCCAGACGAAGCUUUAUGCUUUCCGUAUCGAUUUGGACUAUUGUCGCGAGUAUGUGACCAAAUGGGAAGCAAAAGGUCAUGUCAAAUUAAAACCAGAAGCGCUCGCGUGGACCCCGUACGUGAUGGGUCGCAGCGUGGCAAACGUCUUCGACCUCGGGCCAUUAAGUACCAUGGCUCCACGCGAAGACGAUGAAGCGAAGAUUCAAGAAGGCCCAAACACUGUUGGCGCCGAGACAAACCCCAUCCUGAACGGGGUCGGUAGUUCAGCGGAUGAGGAUACAGCUCACGUUGGCUCGGUGGGAGAGACGGCCGACCACGGUCAGCCAGAAAACCAGCGCUCCCUGGAGGGUCUUUCUGGUCAGAACGCCGACGAAGUGACCUCGCCGGCUGUGAACGGGAUCGAAACCAAAAAUGAAGCCGAGAUCGUCAUACAGAAUACAUGGCUCGCUUCGUAUGAGAGCAUUCCCUGCACCAGAUUUGAAAUCUUCCCGCCACUGUCAAAACGCUCAGAUCGGAAUCGUCAGAGCAUCAGUCGGCCUCCUCCCCCUCCUCGGAGGGUUAGUAGUAGCGCUCCCCGGCCCGCCCCUAAACGCAGCGGAGGAAGUGGAGGGGGAGGGAGCUCUCGCAAACCCUCUUCUUCCCGGCCAAAGUCAAGCUCCUCAAAACGCAAAACUGGUGGAACGGGCCGAGGUCCUGGGCGGUGGCCCAAGGGCACGAAGAAGGCGGACUAUGGAAAUGCGGAUAGCGGACCUGGGUUCCCACCGGGUUGGCGGGCCUCAGAUACCCAUAUUGACGUACAGGCCGCCAUGGCCAAAGAGGCUGAUAGCAGCAUCAGUGCCCGCAUCGAUCGACCAGCUCAGGACGAGGUCCAGGUCUUCGUUGCCAGUGCUGGGGCCACCACCAACAGCGUCAAGGAUGAGGUCGUGACUAUCAAGGCGGCCGGGGUUGAGGAGGAUGAGGAGGACGUCGAUGCGGAAGGUGAGGACGAAUGA